GGCUGGCGUUGUUGAUGAAUUCCCAUUCUGAUGCUGGCGCCGACACUUGUUCAGCCGCCGAGGACGAUACCAUGCACUCCCUACUAUGUAGCAAAGUACAGUCUAUGUUGAGGCAAAGAGAAACUCUUGGAUAAGGUGGAACAUCAGCAUCCGCCUGUUUGGGUAAUGCUUUCGAUCCGCAAAGUGCCCGUCCACCCACCGACCUGAAAAAAAGGAGGCAUUGGAAAGGACCAAGGCAAAAGUGUGAGGGCAUUGUUAAGAAGCACAGGGUGGCGCGCAGGGGCAGCACGGUGCUCUCUCUGCUCCCAAGCUCGAGUUUUCCGACUCCGAGAUUGUCAACGAUAAUUCACGCGAGUCCCGCUUCGAUGCGACGAGGGGCGGGCGGGCGAGCGGACAAGAAAAGGAAGAAGAAAAAAAGAAAAGAAAAUUAGGAAUAAUAGCCCGUGAUAAUCCCCCGCCUGUUUGGGGCCAUGUCGGGUCGGGUCCUGCGAAUCUCGAAUCUGCGAUAAUCCCACCGCUUUCGGGAAACUGGGUGUGCAGUGCAGCAGGGUGGGUGGGCAACGAGGUGAUCCCAAUGCAACGAAACGGCGAAACACAAACACACUCACACUCAGACAGCACAGUAACUUCACCCGCUCACCCGCUCCUCGCGCGCACUUCAAUAGCCCGUCUCGAUUGUUGCACUAAGAUCACUCCUUAGGGUAGAAUCAGGGGAACAACCGAGCGUGGGCGUGGCGCGGUGGGGCGCCCAUCUGCGUGGCUUCCUUACUCUGUGAAGCGGAGAGAGAUAUGUGAUGGGAAAAGGCUGGCUGGGGACCAAAAGAGACAGGGAAGCCUCCGCUGGCAUAACGGGCUGGCGAGCCUGACACUUGAGAGAUUGGGAACUCGGGCGCACUUGGUCCUGGUCCGGUACGGUCCCACAGCCGGCAACCUACUCCCAGCGCGCCAGCCGGGUGGGCAUGCCGUGACAAGCAGCUUUCGAAAAAGAGAACGGCCCAAUCACAGGGGCGCGGCGGGUGAUGGAUCUCAUUAAGAUCCUUGCGCUUGCCUUCCAUGUCGAGGAGUGUGGGAACGCCACCAAAACGGCCUGCGGUGGGAGUGGGUGUGGCUCAUUGUGGGUGUGGGUUUGGAAUUGGUGGUGGUGAGCGUGGUGGUGGUGGUGCAGCUAGGUGGGGUGUGUGUGGCCGCCCUGGUUGUUGGUUCGCCCAUGGGGCGGAGCAGGGCGAGAUGUGGGGCCACCCUGCUGCUGUACCUUCUGGGUACGGCAGGCAGGCCCGUGUGCGAAGCGGCAGGGAAAGAAGGGGGAAAAGGACCAUCGAGGCCAUGUCGCUUGGUUCGGGGCUGCAUGAGUCGCGCAGGGCCUUCACGGUACCUUUGGCCUUUCCCUCCUCCACCCCAUCAAGUUCGCUUGCUCGCAAGGGCCCGGCGGCGGCGGGGUGGGGUUUCGCUGACGCCUGGUAG